GCAUGUGUGCAUAAGAACAAACAGCGUACAGCCCACAGAUUGCUCGGUUGAAUAUGGUAGAGGGAGACAACUACGACUGGGAUCGUGCGAGUUUCUGGACUGCGAUCUCAGACACUGUGAGAUUCUAUCGCUGUCUUUUAUACUUCCUGACGGGGGGGACUUACAAGGAGUGCCCGUACUUCGCCACCAGGUUACAGGCGCGCGUCCAAUGCUACUCCUUGGGUCUCAUCUUCUACCUCUGGUCCAAGCCGCACUACCGCAAUGCCUCCUUCAAAGAGGACAUGUUUAAGAACUUGAGGAAUGUGGCAAUCCCUGGAACCGGCAUCCCUCUGAGCUUUUACUGCUCCUUCAAAGCAAUGGUGUACCUCUUCAUCUUGGUCGUCAACCCUGCCAUCUGCUUCAUGGCGGCACUCAACCUGCAACGAAAACAUGGCAGGCCGUGGGCACAAGCCUAUAUCGAACAGCUGCUUUGCCCUCAAGACUGGUUCAGUUUCUGGCGUCUGAACUGCCGCUUAGCCAGCUACCAUGCUCUUGUGACUGGAAGUGAAGGUUACCGGCAAGAGGACAAGUGGACCUUCCUCAGGGAUGGCAAGAGCAAGGGGGUGCCGAUUUCCCCGUUUCUCGACAUACCGGCAGUCGUGAUCAAGGACAAAAACGAGGAGGGUGGGAUGGGUCUUUACUUCUUCAAGAACGCCACAGCAGGAGGGGACUGGAUCAUUCAGGAGAGGCUUGACAACGAUGAGUUUGUAACCUCACUCCUACCUGAUAGGGCCCCUUUAUCCACGAUGAGGGUCAUCAGCGCGUCCAGGUGGUGGCUUGAGAAGCGGCAGGGAAAGAUUCCAGGGCCAAGCUGCGUCGAUUCGCUCUCAUGCGUUUUUCGUGCGGGGCGCCAAGACGCGGACACAGACCACUCAUCAAUUCUCUUUGACGUCGACGCGAGCACAGGCACGCUACUGAAGGGCACUACCAACGCUCACUGGUAUGAGCUUGGCCCAACCAAGAUGUUCAACACCCCUUGGGUAUCUACUCACGAUGUAACGCAUCACCCGGACAACAACAAGUUGAUCACGGGCGAAGUGAUUCCAGACAUUCAGGGCAAGCUGGACCUUGUUGCCGACGCCCACUUCAAGCUGCUACCGGACGUCCCGUUGGUAGGCUGGGACGUGGCUCUCACGACUAAGGGCGUGUAUCUCCUGGAGGUAAAUCUGUCGUGCAACUUCUUCAGGGGCUCCUUCAGCUUGGGACUGUACGUGAAGUUCGUGCACGACUACUUCGUAGCGCUCGAGGAAGAAAGGGGGGCGCAUGGCAAGAUAGAGUAGACCAUGGGUUCAAGGGCCCCACCACCUGGUAAGCUUUCUGCUGACGGUAUCCAAUCAGGCCUUGGUUUCGACCAUCAUUGGAGGCCCUGCAAUCGGCGAUGUCGUCAACCCAUGGAGGGCAUGUUCAACGUUUGUCUCCUUGUUGAAACAAUCUCUUUCUCAGCACAAAGCAGUCCGGAGGGUCGAUACGCUUGUAGUAGUUCGCGAUCGUCUCCUCGACAUUGAAUCCGUGCUCCUGCAAACGGGUCAUUGGAAUGAGUGGAGAAAAGAGCAGCGAGAAUCUUCAACCCUUGAUUGAAGAAGCAUUGCAUUAUUGGCUUCGGGGCAUGUUGCCAGUCUCUCUAUAUUGCUUGGAUUGCUUCUGUCGCUGAGGGGCGGUAACGGGUACAGGAAAGGGAAAGGGUAUUGGUAAGAGUUUGAGCUCUACACGGGUUGCUGUGUGUUUAGGUACCUUGUGCCAUCCGUCGGGUCCAACUGACGCGGACGCCUUCCAUGGUCGGAGGCUAACUACCUAACAGGGCUGAUACGAGCAAUACGAGCAAUCGAACAGGAUUGAAGGACCCAGGCAAAUCAACACGAAACGCGAUAAUAUGAACCAG